UCCCGAGAUGCUGUCAAAACUAUUAUUUGUAUUUAAUGUGUAGUGAAGAAGUUAGUGCACAUAAGUGUCAAUUGUAUAAGUAUCAGUAUUUACUUCAUUUUCAUUCCAAAUUUUAAUUAGAUUCCGAUUAAACUUAGUAAAAGUGAAUUGUGUUCUGUGAUUGAAAUCCGCAGCUGACUCACAAUAAGCCAUAAAAUACAUUUAUUUUGAGAGCAGUAAGAGCAACUUGAAAUGGCGGAGCACACGCCGUUUAUAAACCGGCAUUUGUUUAUUUGUAUUGCUGUCUCGCUCUUGCUACCGAUCGUUGACGAGGCAAAGGUGUACGAAGAUGGCCGAUUUCAGAACGAAGAAAAAAGAUUAACCCGGGAGUACCAUUUGAAACAAGGGGCGGUACGUGGGUUGAUUGUAAAGCCGGGAAGACAAUAUGAUUUGCAGCCAGUGGAAAUGUUUCUUGGUGUGCCGUAUGCAGCACCACCUACGGGAAGCUUACGAUUUAUGCCGCCCGUCAGCGCACCGCCUUGGUCUGGUUUAAAGAUGGCGACUCGUUUCGCGCCGGUCUGCCCACAAAUGCUACCACAGAUCAGAAAAGGAAAUCCGCCAUCUUUAGGAAGACAACACUAUUUAAAUAGACUGAAACCAUUUUUAAAAGAAGAAUCUGAAGACUGUUUAUAUUUAAAUAUCUAUGUGCCAUAUAGAGAGCAAAAGGCGAAAAAGUUUCCCGUUUUAGUGUUUAUACACGGAGACUCAUUUGAAUGGAGCUCAGGCAAUCCCUACGAUGGCAGAAUAUUGGCAUCAUAUGGCAAUAUUAUGGUGGUCACUGUAAAUUUUCGACUUGGUAUUUUGGGUUUCAUGAAACCAAGCCUGACCGAGCACGUGUACGGAAACAAUGGUUUGUUGGACCAGCUAGCUGCGUUGCAAUGGAUCAAAGAUAAUAUAGAGGACCUGAACGGGGACCCGAAAUCUGUGACACUAAUGGGGCACGGAACGGGGGCGGCAUGCGUAAAUUUUUUGAUGCUUUCGCCUAUAUCAAAUGGUCUAUUCCAUCGUGCUAUACUUAUGUCCGGAUCAGCUUUGUCAGACCGCGCGAUGACGAAAGAUCCAACCCAAUACACAUUACAAGUUGCUCAGAGUCUAGGCUGCAAUCCCAGCUCUAAGAACAUGAUGACUUGUUUGCAGAAUAAACCCUUAUCGGAAAUAAAAAAAGUGCAGUUAUUGUCCCGAGAAUUCGAGACACCGUUGGGGCCGGCGGUGGCUGGAUCGUUGAUACCUAGCGAACCUGCCCAAACUAUGGAAUCAUUUCCUAAUUUACUGAGCAAGUACCAACUCCUAAGUGGUGUGACUGAACUGGAGAGCUACCAUGACUUCGGUGUGAUUCAGUUGGACCACGGAAUUCUGGAAAACCAGAGAGAUGAGUUCAUCAGGAAGUAUACAAAAAUUGUUUACGAAGGGGCUGAAGAUAUGGCCUUAAAAGAAAUAUUGUUACAAUACUCCACAUCCAAGGUAGACCCGCAACGCUGGUCAGUUCAAACUAAUCGAGAUGUGAUUUUGAACCUGUUCAGUGAUGCUCGUACUUUGGGACCUGUUAUCAGCCUGGCCAAUUACCAGUCGAAGGCCAACAGACAGUCAUACUUCUAUGUGUUUGCACAUAACUCCGUCAGCACGGAAUAUGCACCGUUAAAUAAAAGCGUGCACGGCGAAGAAUUGCCGUACGUUUUGGGUGUACCGUUAGGUGGCGCUAAUACGCAUUUCCACUCCGAAUACACCCUGAGGGAAAAACUACUUACCGAAGUUGUUAUGAGACUGUGGACCAACUUUGUCAAAAAUGGUUCUCCAAAUACACAAAGUGUGAACGAAUACCAGACGUUGGACAGAAAAGUAUGGAACCAAUACAAUGUUGAGUGGCCUGAGUACAAUCAAGAUCAUCAGCCGUAUUUAAAACUGGAUAUCCCGCCCUCGAUUAAUAGUCUGUACCGGUCGAACUACACGAAUUUUUGGACUGAAAACCUGCCAAAAAAACUAAGCAGAUAUGUCAUAGAUCCGCUCUACGCUUUCACACCGAGCACUACGGUUCGACCAAAGCCGCCGCCAAUUCAUAAAAGUCCUUUAGAUACUGUCAGAAAAAUAUGGUCUCCACAACCAGUGAUUAACACGAACCACUAUAACAUGGCGUCGUACGGCAAAUUGCGGCCAUACUCGCAACCCGAGCACAAACCGGACACAGAUGCAAUAUAUAGAGAGAUACAGUCCAUCAAAACUCCAUCAAGACCCGUCCCGCCACAUUUAAUGGAAAAGCACACGGAAAAACCCAUAUUAAAUACAGCUAAAACGUCGAGUACAACCGUCACCCUCAUUAUUUCUCUGGCUGUUCUAUUCUUGGCAGUAAAUGUAAGUAUAUGCGGCCUAUUGUAUUUUAAAAAGCGGAGAUUACGACUUCAAGCUCUUGAGCGUCCUUCGGAAAUAGGUGAAGUAGAUAUAAUCGGACAGAAAAGUUCCGACAAAAGUGCCCUUCAAAAGCUUAAAAAUGGCUGCAGCGUUAUUAAGUCGAUAAAAAUACCGAAGAAGAAAAUUAAUAAGGAGUGCAAAACGCCCAAAUCGGAUGAUUCGGGUGGUUUUAGGGAACGAUUUCAGUUAAGAAGGCAUUUGUCUACAAGUACCUUGGACGCACAUACUAAAGUUAGAGAUUGGAUAACGAAUGAAGUCAUGCAUAGGUGUUCUCCUAAUAUUUUAAGAAAAUCAAAUUCCGAUGUCAACAAUACAGCUAAGCAGUUCACUAGAUCUGAAGAACUUUUGACAGACAAAAAUAUAAAAACAGACAAAAUAGCGGUAACCCCAACAAAUCUUCUGUCAAAAAACUAUAAAAAGAGAACAUCAGAAAAAACCACAUCAACUUCUGCUCUCGAUUCCCAUUCUUCCAUUGUUAGUAAUAAAAAAUCACAUAGUAAAACAAGUAAGUCAAAUGAUUCUAUCAAAAGUCAGUCUGAUAGUAUGCGAUCAAAGAAGGUAUCAGUUGCCAUCGAUGCUACACCAUCAGCACGAACUAAUUCUAUUUUAAAUCAAGAGCCUAUUGAAAUAUCUAGGUCUUUUGAUUGUAUAGACAAAGGAGUCCAAGGUACUGAACAGAAAUUGCAAAGGUCUCAGACUGUCGCUGAUGAUACUUACUCGAGAGUCGUUAAGCCGCUUAAAGCAACGACUGAUGUAAAAAAAGACGAAAAAACGUACAAAAAUGAAAUCAAACUUUCACUACAAAAUCCAAAUUUAAAAAUAUCUCAUAAACAUUCCACGUCGGAUCCGGUCACGGAUGUUAACUAUGAGCAACUGAUGAAACAAUUACAACGGGAAGCAAUGAACAUACUUCCCCCAGUUACAUUUAGAAAUGAAAUCAAUGUAACAUCGCGGGAUGAUAUGCAAGCUGAACCUGUAUCACCAGAGGAAGCAUUGCUAACAAUAAAACGCCGAAAUUUUCCUAAAGUAUUGCCAGACUUGCCCAAAUCACAGAAAAGACUUUCACUCCAACCAACUUUACAAAGUUUCAGAGGUGUUAAUAGUCAAAUUGAAAAGCCAAAAGUUCCUCCACAACCCCCACCCAGAACUACAACAUUAGACAGACGCCUCGCUUAUAAGAAUACUAAAGUGUUAUCGUCGUUUGAUACGCCAAGAAAAAAUAUUUAUGGUCCCGAUUACGAAAACAUAGAUAAUUUAUCACCUUGUUCAGAAAUAGCAAAAUCAAAGUCGUUUGAUAAUAGAAAUGAUUUAAAACCACUCAACAAGGAAAUGGAUUUAAAUACGUUUUUAACCCAUCGAGAGUACCCAAAAGUUAUAAUAGCCUCAAGUGAUAUUUCUCCCCAACCUAAGAUUAUUAUAAAACCAUCGUUAAGUCAAAUAGAAAUUCCGUCAAAUGUUCCAAGAGUAAGAUUACCUGACGACUUCCAUUCGGGUUCAAUAACAUCUUUUUCAUCAUACUGCUCAGAUGACGACGAAGAGGUUUAUGACACAGAAGAAGAUGAAUUUGAAGACAAGUUAAUACAAGAACUUGUAGGUCGCGUAGAAUCACCAUCGGAGGAUGUUUUGGACUCUAAAGGACCCGCAACAGUUUUAAAAAGAAUGGAGAUUGUUCCUGUAAAAUUAAACACAGUUCAGACACAAAACAGCAGUGAUUACGUCUGUGUAUCCGACUUGCAUUUACCAGAUAUAACUAAUUUAGAACAAACGGCACAAAUCAAACCGAAUUUUGCAUUAAAUAAAUUGAAAAAUCGAAGUGAGAGUAUAAGUAGGCCACCGGAGAAAGCAAUAAAAGUUAAACAGAAGAAGAAGCCUGGAGUUAUUUUGCAUAGAGUAAAGAGUCGUUCAAAAAGUGAUAAUAAGUUAGAACAUUCUACGUCUGGUUCAUCUAAUGAUACAGAAACAAGUACGGGCACCGUUAAGAAAGCGGUUCCGAAAUGACUAUCUAAGUAAUUAAGUAUUAAAAGUGAUAUAAUAGAAUAAUGUUUAUUUUCCGUAAUUACCCUUAUAUUAAGCCUAACAGACUAUUUGUAUCUGUGCCUUAUACAAGUAUAUUGAGUAAUAAA